GCAGCAGCAGCCGAAGCAGCGACGCGGUGGCGGGCUGCGGGCGGGCGGUGUGAGGAACGGCGGCGGAGCGCGGGGCCGCCGGGAAGCUAGGGCGCCGGGACGCCCCUUGUCCAGUCCUCUCAGGCCGUCAGGCCCCCUCCAGCCGGGGCCGUGGAGCACCGGGGCAAAGGCCGGGGCCCUCCCAUGAAGGAGCGCGACGCGGCCCCGGCCGAGCGGGGCAAGCCGGCCACCUACACCGGGGACAAGAAGGCGAAGAUGGCGGCCAAGACCAACAAGAAGUGGGUCCGGCUCGCCACGGUCUUCGCCUACGUGCUCUCCGUGUCGCUGGCCGCCAUCGUACUGGCCGUCUACUACAGCCUCAUCUGGCAGCCGGUGGGCGCCGGGACCUCGGGGGGAGCCGCCGGCCCGCCCCUCACCGUCUCCAACGCCACCGGCCCGUCUGGGACUUCGGGGGCGGCGGCGGGGUCCAACACCACCAGGUCGUCCCGCCGCGAGGCGCCACGCGAAGCUCCCCCACUGCAGGAGGAGAGGCCGGCGCCCCCGGAACCCGCUGCAGACAACCCGCUAGCCGAGCCGCUCGAGCGGCCGCGGGGGCCGGACGAGGACGAAGAGGAAGCGGCCGCAGCGCCCCGGAGUCUUUGAGCCUCUCCGCGUUGGGGGCGGUCGGGAAUCUUCGUCCCCCAAGCCCACAGGCUGGACUUUGCAGCAGGACCGGCUCCGGAGCCCUCCGGAGUGACCCCUACGCGAGCGAACGCCCCCACACACCUCAGCGGUAGCCAGCUCGCCCCGGGAGCGGGUAACGCACAACCGGAUCUUCAGCCAAGGGACCACGAUUCGCCGGGGACUCGGGGUUUGAUCUUCCCAGCACCCGUGCUGCGCCAGGGCCCUGAGC